AUGGGUUGUUUAAAGAAAUUGGUACUAGUUUCGCUCGUGACCACCAUACUGCUUUGUAGUGCUUUGCUUUUGCUGUGGAUAUGGCUUGGGAUGGAAACGAUUCCCAAUCAAAUUCGCGAUCCACACAUCCUUCGCGAACGAUCCUUCGAUUACAUUAUCGUGGGUGCUGGAACUGCAGGAUGUGUGCUGGCUAAUCGACUUUCCGAAAAUCCGAACGUUACCGUCUUGUUGAUAGAAGCUGGCGAUACAUUCGGCGCAGCCUCAAUUAUCCCACUGAUCAGUACCGCCAUGCAAGGCACCAAGUACGAUUGGGCAUUUCGGACGACACCACAGAAAUAUUCUUCACACGGUUUGGGUAACAAUCAACAACUCUUACCACGUGGUAAAGGAUUAGGUGGAUCGGGACAAAUCAACUACAUGCUACAUUUCACGGGCAUUCCGGAGGAUUUUGAGCGUUGGGAGCAGUUGGGUGCACGUGAUUGGAACUGGCACGCGAUGAAACCUUACCUGGAUAAGCUGAACCAUCCAGGUGGGAUGACCGAUCAGUACGACGGUGAUGAUGACGACAUUCAGGACUGCAACCAGGAGCUUACUGGUGAGGAGUUGUACGAGACAAACAACCACUACACAUCGAUUUUAUCGGACAGUGACAAACACGCAAGCAUUAACUUUUGCGCCCGGAAGCUUUCUUCCCGAAGCGGACACUUUUCCACCGAGGAUCGUUUACACAUAACGGAGGUAAACACUCGAGACUCUCUGUUGGCAGAAGUGUUUACAGAGACACCGCAAGAACUUGGCCAAGAGUAUCACUUUCGACCCGCCCGCUACACUAUUCGCAAUGGGAUCCGUUGGAGCAGUUACCAUGCUUAUCUGCGACCGGCUUUCGGUCGUCCUAAUCUGUCCAUUCUCACAUCAUCCUCCGUCGCAAAGGUCCUUUUCGAUGACACCAAUCGAGCGAAAGGUGUGACGGUGGUCGGCACAGGUCAACAAUCCGUUAAUAUCUCUGUCGUUUGUGAAGUGAUCCUUAGUGCUGGUGCGUUACACACACCACAACUCCUGAAACUCUCCGGCAUUGGGCCGAAACUCGAACUACAACGACACCGUAUCCAGCUGGUACACGAUUCACCUGCCGUGGGUCAGAAUUAUUUCGACCAUCUCAACCUGCCGCUGUUUGUGAGCAUCAACGUCACGGCAAGUGUAACGAUGGAUAAAGUUUUAUCGAUCGAUACGAUCGUGCAGUAUCUUAAGCACGGUCAGGGCGUUUUGGCUACAACGGCCAUCGCCGGUAUUGGAAGUCCUCACCAUGGGCAGUAUGGGAUCAUCCUUUUCGGGAUGGGCAGUGUCGAUGAGCAAGCGUUACGCCACGUGUCUAACAUGAAGCAGGACACGUUUCGUGCGUUUUUCCCUUCGUAUCAAAAUACCAGCCAGGAAGGGUUCUUAUUCCUAAGCACUUGCCAUCAACCGUCCAGCCGUGGUGCUAUCUUUCUUCGCGAUCGUCACAUCGACAGUGUACCGUUUUACAAUCCCAACUAUCUCAAAGAUCGGACCGAUAUUGAGUGCAUGAUCAAAGCGAUCCGAUUGGCAGCGCGUACGGUUCGAACGGAUGCAUUUCGCCGGAUCGGUGCACAUCUACACUGGCCGGUUCUAAAACGCUGCUCGAACUUUGGACCACCGGUAAACAGUUCCGAGGAACCGUCAGAUCGGUUUCUGGAGUGUAUUCUACGUACUUCGGCCCUGACCGGGCAUCAUCCUGGUGGUACGGCCGCUAUAGGACGGCAUGGUGAGGCUGUAGUUGACAAUCAGUUAAGAGUUUACGGAGUGCACGGUUUGCGUGUCGUUGAUGCAAGUGUGUUUCCGGCACCUGUGUCUGGAACACCGAACUCGGUGGUGAUUGCAGUCGCUGAGAAGGGAAGUGAAUUAAUAGUGCAAAGCGGUAGUUAA